AUGCCCACGGGGCUGUUCCCGCACCGCAGCUGUGCCAUGGAGGAGGCGGUCGCCGCCGCCUUCGACUGCUCGCCCCGUCCCGCCGCCUGCCGCCCCGACUGGAUGUCGGCACUGCCUGACGCCCUGCCGCUCUCCCGCCUCUCCGUGCCCGGCACCCACGACUCCCUGAGCCUGUUCGGCAGCCGGCGCCUGCGCUGCCAGAGCUGGGGGCUGGAGGCGCAGCUGGCGGCCGGCGUGCGCUUCCUGGACGUGCGCUGCAAGCUGGAGCGGGGCCAGCUCCUCGUCUACCACCUGUGCGCCUUCCAGCGCGCCAGCCUGGCGGGAGUGCUGCGGCGCACGCUGCGCUUCCUGCGCGCGCACCCCGCCGAGGCCGUGCUCRUGCGCAUCAAGGAGGAGGCGCCGCUGCCGGCGCGCGCCGGCUUCGCCGCCCGCCUCCGCCGCCACCUGGCCGAGGAGGGCGAGGGGCGCGUGUGGUGCCGCGAGGAGGUGCCCACGCUGGGCCAGGUGAGGGGCAAGAUCGUGGUGCUGGAGGAGCUGCGGCACCACGUGCUGGGCAUCCCCUACCAGCGGCUGAGCGUCGGCGACGCCUGGAACGUGCUCUCGCUGGCGCGGAAGUGGGCGCAGGUGCGAGAGCACCUGGAGGCGGCGGCCGGCGGGCAGCCCGGCACGCUGCACCUCACCUUCUGCUCGGGCAACGGCCUCUUCACGUGCCCCGCGGCCGUGGCGCGCUUCGUGAACCCCCGCUGCCACGCGCACCUGCAGCGCCGCGCGGGGCGGCCCGCGCGCUGGGGCGUCGUCAUCAUGGACUUCCCCGGCGCCGACCUCAUCCGCCUCAUCGUGGAGAGCAACGCGGUGCCGGCCGCCAUCCCGCGGCCCCCCGCGGCGCCCGCGGUCCCCCACGCGGAGCGGGCAUCCCUGCACGGGACCCCUUGUCCCCAUGGGAGGAUGUCCCCGGAGCGCCGGCGCGCUCCUGGCUCCCGUGUGGCAGGAAGGUUUCGCGUGCCCGCAGCGUGA